AUGGAUUUCAGUGAGGUUCUCGACAAGUGUGGAAACUACGGGAGGUUUCAAGUGGUCAUCCUUCUGCUCUACGGCUAUACAAAUAUUCUAGGGUCGCUGCAUUACUUCUCGCAGACCCUCAUCACAUUUACACCCGAGCAUUGGUGCUCCCACAUUGACCUCCAAGGUCUCAGUGAGAAGGAGCUUCGCUCUGUGUACUCAAACAUUUCCGACUCUUCCUGCACGCCCCUUUUGGGUGUGGUCAAUGGCAGGGGCGUGGUAGCAGAGGGGCGUGAGUGCAGGGAUUGGAUUUUCAAGAGAGAGAGUGGCUACGAAAGCAUCACAACAGAGCUCAAAUGGGUCUGCGACAAAUCCCACCAGCCGGCGGUGGGUCAAUCCUUCUUCUUCAUGGGUUCUGUUUUGGGCACCAUAAUCUUUGGAUAUCUCUCUGAUCAAAUAGGUCGUCUGCCAUCCCUUCUGAUGGCCACCUUGUGUGGAGCCACUGGUGACUUUAUCACCUCCUUUGUAUACACGCUGCCCUGGUUCGCCUUCUCCAGAUUUAUGUCGGGAUUGUCCACGGAUACCAUGUACUAUCUUAUGUACAUCUUGGUUUUUGAGUACUUGAGCCCCAAAAGCCGAACCUUCGGCCUCAACAUCAUCCUGGCCAUAUUCUAUUGCUUCGGACUGAUGACCUCGCCCUGGGCGGCCAUUUGGAUUGGCAACUGGCGUCGCUAUCUCUGGCUGGCUUCCUUGCCAGCUCUGGGUGUCCUUGUAUAUCCUCUCCUGAUCUGCGAGAGUGCCCAGUGGCUGUUGACCAAAAGGAAGUACGAGGAGGCGGUGAUUUGCCUGAAGAAGGUGGCCAAGUUUAAUGGUCGCCAAGUGGAGGAGACUGUCUUCGAUGAGUUCGUCAAGCACUAUCGCGAAAGAGCCCAGCGAGAGUAUAAGCUCAAUGGCCAGAAGGACACUUUCCUAGCCAUGUUCAUGACUCCUCGUCUGCGUCGAUUUACUUUGACUUUGCUGCUCAAAUCAGUCAUCAUAACACUCUCUUGUGAUGUGAUCAAUCGCAAUAUGGAGGGCUUAGGUACUUCACCCUUCAAGCUUUUCUCCUUUACCUCGAUCGUCUAUCUGCCCGCUGGAGUGGCCAUCCUGCUGCUGCAAAACAAGAUCGGUCGCAAGGGCAUGGCCUGCUCGGCCCUUUUUGUGGGUGGACUCAUCACCACGACGAUGGGUUUCAUGUUGGCCCACUUGGAUCCCACGGAAAACGCCCUGCUGCUGGCCAUCAUGGUGGGUCUUGGCCGCUUUGGAGCCACCGUUUCCUACGAUGCAGAGAUCCAAUAUGCCGCCGAGAUCAUUCCGACCAGUGUGCGCGGCCAGGCGGUGUCCAAUAUCCAUGUGGUGGGUCUGGCCUCCAGCUCACUGGCCUUCUAUGUGAUUUACCUGGCCCACUACUACAAGCCCCUCCCCUCGAUCUUCAUCAGCUGCCUCAUGUUCUUCGGUGCCGGCCUUUGCCUGACUUUGCCGGAGACCUUGAACAAGAAGCUGCCCGAAACCCUGGCGGAUGGGGAAAACUUUGCCCUGAACGAGAGCUUCCUGCACUUCCCUUGCUUUCACAAAAUCGAAAAAAAUAAUAACAAUGAUUGUAUAUAACUGGAAAUGAAAGACUGACUGAAGUGAACAGGGAUUUAUUUUAUAGAGAUCAUUGUACAUGGCACAUUGUCAUCUGAUAAAAUAACCUGCCCGAAGACUGAUUAAAUAUAUUUUCGAAUGUUGCAUUUAAUAUAA